UCUGCUCUCUCAUUAGAGCCGCAGCGUUUGACCUCUCAGUGAGAGCUGCUCUGGGUCGGAGCCAGUGAUCCGGAAUCAGGGAACAGAGAGGAAGGAGAGAGAGAGGGAGAAGAAGAGGAGGAGGAGGAGGAGGAGGGGGGGCACUAAUCCCGAAUAAUGGGCUGUGGGAGACAGUGACAGGGGGGGGAGAAGGGACAGCACUUUGAGGGGAGGGAGGUGAAUUCAGUGCACAGUUGGGGGAGAGACUGGGAGGAACAGGUUCGGCUCCAUCUCAGUCCGGCUCCUGGCAACGCUCCAUCCGCCUCCUCUGGGAUAAAGGGGUUACCCCCCCCCCCCCGGAAUAAACCCGGAUACCCCAGGAUACCUACCGGGCGGCUUCUUAUGGUUUCUCCCCUCUCCGACCUCCCUCUGGGGCGCAAGAAGGAUGUCUUCAUUAUUGGGGUGCAAGGGGGGCCCCUCCGCUCAAAGAUAAUUCUCUAAUGGACAGAUGAGAGCUAAAGGAUGACAGGCUGGGCUUACACCUCCCUCAAUGCGCUGAUCUUUCUGCUUUUGGUGAUGACUUCAAAAGCUUCCUCGGCACAUUUUCGGGUGUGUGAACCCUACGUGGACCACAAGGGGCGCUACCACUUUGGAUUCCACUGCCCGCGCCUCUCCGACAAUAAAUCCUACAUCUUCUGCUGUCACCAUAACAACACCGUGUUUAAGUACUGCUGUAACGAGACCGAGUUCCAGAACGUCAUGCAGAUGAACCUAACGAUGGGCGCCGACGGCUACGUACAUAACAAUUACAGCGCCCUGGUUGGGGUUUGGAUCUACGGGUUCUUCGUGGUGGUUCUGUUGGUUCUGGACUUCCUGUACUACUCAGCUAUGAACUAUGAGGUUUGCAAGCUGUACUUGGCACGCUGGGGGAUCCAAGGGAAGUGGAUGCGGCAGGUGCAGGGCCAGUAUAACAAGACCAAUCAGGAGCCCUGCCAGGCGCAGACUCGGGGCCACACGUCACAUGCGGUGCACACGUUAAAGGGCGACGCGGUGAGUCCGACGCUGAUGGCUUUUCAGACUUCGACUGCCUGAAAAUGACAGUGCCCAAAGAUGGGCGGCGACUACCAACCCGACGGCGAAGACUGAAGGGGAGGGCAAGAGAACAUGAGAAUUGCAAUGGCCAAUAGAGGCGGAAGGAGGAUUAGAGGAGAUUGACAUUUCAAUCAUCCCAAACUGGUCUUCACUGGCGAGACGCAAGGGAAGGGCCGGCGAGAUUCGCUUUACGUCUCUGUUUGUAAGCAAUAUUUCUUUCUGUAGCAUAAGAAGAUUCUUUCCUAAGAGGAACUGUCCCUCUAAUUCAACAUGGAGGAACGGGGCGGCCAACCCGCUUUUCUCUGCUGAGACCGAACUGGCGGUCGGCAAAGAAUGGAACAACGGACUGUGACUGUCUACUCGUAAUUCUGUCCUCGUUAGCUACCUAGUCCGUGUGUCGGAUAUAAAUACGAGCGCUUGUGACUCCUCUGCGCAAGGACCGAUGUCAAUAAUAUUCCUGUUGCCCCUCCCCCCAAAUAAUUUAUUAUUCCGUCACUGUAUCUCUGGUUCAGAUCUGAAUACUGACCCCCUUCUUCCUAAACCCCCUCCCCGUCAUCUCCUGUCUCCUGAAGUGCAAUGAGUUCUUUCACUACACUGUAUCAAAGCCACCACAAGUGCCCUGUUCUAUGGAAAUGUAAUCCUAUCGACUGUCCGGAAAACGGGAUUUUAUGUUUCUUCUUCUGAAAAAUGGUUUAGAAAUAUCCAAAUGGUGUUAAUGUUUUUCUGUGUGCGAUAGAAAAAUACAGUUUUAUAUUUGGUGUC